CUUACCUGUCAGGAGGUGUUGAACUUUCAACCGCACUGUGACAUGGUUGACAUCAACUGCUUGUUUGAGGGUCACGUAGCCUGCUGUCAUUUAGCCAAAACACCACAACAUGUGUAAGAUGAAUUUCACUAAUUGUUUUCAUGAAAAGUGAAAACUUACUGAACUGGUUAAAGUAGGAUGUCAACAAGUGACGCAGGAGAGUUGGAGCUCAGAGUUGUAGGAGGAGAGAAAGAUACGUCUCAGUACCGAACAGCCAGAGGAACACCGACUGCAACUGCAAGAGAACAGCAGGAUGAAACAUUCAAGCAACAGAACUAUCGUGAUGAUGAAACCGCAACUGGACAGCAGUGUCAUCAAACAGCCAUCAGACAGGAAGCAACCCUCAAAGCACUUAUAUUAAAAGUGGACAGGCACAAAGAGGAAGAGGCUGCUCACUGUGGUGAAUCAAAGGUCCAGAGCCAGAAGCCCAUUGAACCUAAAUUCACCUCCUGCCUCCUAUUCAGAUUCUCCAGGAAUCCACAGCUAAACCACAAGAAGGAAAUCGCCCCCUGUCUGCAAAGUUUAACUGAAACGCAGAGGGCUGAGACUGAGAACAGCAACCUGUAUCUGAUUAAUAGGACAACAUCACCACCAGACACCUCUAUAAAGACAGCCUGUGGAUCUGCAUCAUCUGAAAGGAUACCAUUUCCAGCCAAGAAGAGGGAAAAGGCUAUUACAGUUGCUUGCAAUGAAUUGGAUGCUCCCAGGGACUUGAGUACAACUCAAAGUGUCUCCAAUGGGGAGUCAGGACCUCAAGGGUUUAAUGGCUUACACAUUACAUGUGGGCCACAACCAAGGACUAACACUUUAGCAUUCUUGCCCCACACUGGAGUGCCCGACUAAGACGGACCAAAAGACCUGAAGGACCUGGCCAUUUUGAAGGCCAUGGGAAUUUACAGGACGUGACAAACACUGCGGCAAACCGUGCACAUGAACGUUUUCAAGACACUGUGGACAGGCCUUUGUCAGCAAGAUCACAAGCCCAAUCAAGAGUGCCAUUUCUGGGUCCCAGGAGAAACACAGUGGGCUGGUCAACCAAGAGUGGACCUGCAAGCCUCGACUAUGAAUCCAAAAGGAAAAUGAUUCAUACUGUCUCUUUGGAUGUAAACUCUGAAAGGAUAGGCAAUAGAAAAAUGGACCCAAGUGCUGUAAGCCCUGUACCCAGAGCAUUAUCUCCAUUGUCUCCCCUCUCCCUUGACCAAAAUGAACAAAGGAUGAAUCAACAAACUGGUCAUCAACUAGGACUGUCAUCUUUAAGUUCAAAACCAACAACCAGCAGCAUGCUUCUGUCAUUAAGAAGAACUUACUCUAAUGGCAGGAACUCUAAUGCAGAUUCUUCGCCCCAGAGCAGUUCGCCAAGUGAUCGAGAUGGAAAAGUAUUCUCACCGCACCAUUCUCAAAGCUUCAACAAUAAUGGGCAAGAGAGAUCAAAUUCCCUCCUCUUUCCAUCUUCCAUUUCUUAUAGGACAAAUGAAAGGGGGAACAUCAUUUCCCCAUCUUCCUCCAAUCAAAGGGAAAGGAACACAUUUGAAACGCAUUUCUUUUCACCUUCAUUCAUGGAUAAAGACAUGGAAAACACACCCUUCUCCCAACAACCUCAAACAAUGAACAGGACCCAGUACACAGAAUAUCCAAGUAAAGUACCAUCAGAGAUGCGGGAGAACUACAGGGGUUCAGACCAAAGUACAAAUGUAUUCCCAGAGAGCUCUUCCUCUUCACUGAGACCUUCUCAAUAUGACCCAUCUGCUCUCUUAAAAAAACCUUCCCUUCCAAGAAGGACCACCCUAACAUCCACUUCCUGGUGGAAACAAGUUACCCAGGACGGCAGUUCCCCUCUGGCUGUCAAUGAUGAAAAACCCGACACACACUUGGUUCCACCCUGCAAUAAUAAUAAUAAAGACUUGGCCUCUACAAGUCCAAUUGACAACAGAAGAUUUAGUAGUCAAAUUCUCAACAACAGAUUCAACAAUACCACAAGAGAGUCAGUUCGUAAAGGUAACAUGAACCUUGUUAUGAUGACACAGGAAAGAACUCCCAAUCUCAAACAAAGAAAUGCUGGGGAUUCACCUGAGGGUGAGUCAGGCAGACUUCACAAACCGCAAUAUGGUUCCAAUUUGGACAACAGAGAACCACAAAAGCCUCAGAGUUUGCCCGAUGUUGUGACUACUUCUAAAAUGAGCAGACCUACAGUUAACUCACCACUGAGUCACCCUAUCGAUCUCAUCAGGCAUGAUGUAAAUAAAAGAGUAUUUACAACAGAUGUAACUCAGUUACCAGCUACUUUGCUAGAAGCCAAGAGCUCAACUGCACCCACUGAGAGCAGCAGCAAAUUCAAUAAUAAUCAUCGUACAUCCAAAACUAACACCACCCCCACAUCUUCACAGAACAAGAACUCUCAAAUGUUUAACAAACCACCUCUUCCUCAUACUACGACCAACAUUCUCAGUAGUCAAGAGCUUACAUCUAAAACUACUUUGGGUCUUUCCCUAACCCCAAACACUAAAACCAUUUCCUCUUUCCAAUCGGAUCCAGUCGGUUCACAGACCAACAUUAGCAUGUCAUACACAGGCUCUUCCCAACCUCCUAAAUUCCCCAACACAGCAAAUGCCACACCUCUUGGCUUUGAAAGACGUUAUGCUUUCGUUCACAAGCCUCUCCAACCUGAAACUGUGUCCAGCCUGUUUCCCACAGGCAGUGCUAAUACUAAAACAAACUGCAUUCCUGUAUCAACUGUUUCCACCAGCUUUCCUUUUACCACUUGCAGCCAUCCUGCAGCCAGAGCUGCCCCCAGCCCCUCUGUCCUUACUCCUAUUGUCCCUCCUGCUAUUACAUCUUCUCCCAUCAUCACUGUUUCUUCUCUCUUAACCCCCCCUGCCACCCCUUUUAAUACCAGCCCCAGCUUCUCAGACACUUCUAGUUCUAAAGAGGGAAGGGAAUUCUUAAGCAGCCCAGAAAGUGACCCAAAGAAACUGCGCCCCCGUGGGGAAGGGAAGAGAGUGAGACGAGUGACAUGGGAGGACUCAGUGGAUCUGAAGGAUCCUAAGCCCAACACUGGCAAAAAGCCGGAACCAUCUCAAGUCCCCAAAAGCCCUCAAACUGCCUCUAGCUCACCACAAGGCCUCAAAAAUUCAUCCAUCUUUUCUUUUUUAAGGUCAACAACAAACACAUCUCCCCUUUACUCCCCUACCCCAAAGACCUCCAGCAUACUGAUGGUGAAAGGUGGGAAGUAUCGAUCCUUAUCUUCUGACUCUGCUGAUUCAGGAUCCAGAGAGCAAGAGAGGUCUAAACAAAGUCCUAGUGACAGUAUGAUGUUUGACCCAGGAAGACAGGACUCAACCACACCUAGACCUGAGAGGACACUAUCUGUGGAGUCUGGCACAGUUCAUUGCCGUUCUUCUGCUCCUCUCUCCCUCCCUCCUGACUUUUCAAGCGGUUAUAAACUUCGAUAUAGUUCCCCACCGUACUCCAGUCUCAUGUCCUCCAGGUCAACACAGGGAGAAACUAAGACUAUAAUACCCAGAUCCCCCCUCUUUCAGAAGUGUCAGUCAAAUGUUACCCCACAACUUUCUAUGCAGACUGAUCCCCUUGCAGCCAUGACCUUUCCUACGUCUAAACCCCCUCUGUCACCUGUCAGACAACCCCAGGCCCUAUCCUUGCAUUUCCAAAACCAAACUGCAACCCAAGGAGGUACAAAGGGUGGGGUUUCAGAGACGUAUCAACGUAUCAAUCGUAGCAAAAACAGCAGCCAAGAUGGUCAGAUAUUACUUGUUGACAGCAGAUUUGAUGAUGGACUCAACUCCUCUUUACCAUGUGUAACAGAAACACUGGUUUACAGUGUUAAAUCUAAAGUAGAUAGAGCUGUUACUGCCCCACCGAACACCACACCUAACCCUGUGCAAAAUACUGCAGUUUAUGUGGAGACCAAGUUGAGUCGACAUUCACACAGAAGCCAGAGUAAGGAAGGUAAAAGAGAACAGCGUAACCCUUCACCUAUGAGCUCCAGUGAUAGCAGCUCAACAGAGAGUCAGCCCCCUGGUGAAAGCUCAAACAGGAGAACAAAGGACAAUGUAUUGGGUAAGAGCAGAUUUUUUUCAAUGGAGAGCAACAACGAACAAAGCCCAAAGAGAAGUCGGUUUGCACUUAAUAAAAGUGUCAGCACACCGAACAGUUUGCAAAGAUCAGAGUCGGAGAGGGCCAGCAAGACUAAUAACAAAAUGGACCAGGUCUUUAGCAAACUGAAACAAAAAUUCAGCACCAGACUGUCUGAUGAUGAUGCAUUGUUUCCAUGGAAAUGGAAGAGAGCUUCCCAAACACCUUCUGUUAGUGGAUCAAGCGACGUCAGUGAUAUCACUGAUCACAGUACCCCAAGGCUAGUGCUGCAAGAGCAGGAGAAAGAUAUGCUGCUGGGGGACAAUGAAAAGGGAACAGAGGGAAUGAAUAGAUGGACACAAAACAGAUACACUCUCAUACCACCCUCAGGUCCUGGGAACAUAAUGGCAGGAGGGGACCUUUGCAUUUGUUCAAACCAACCAAAUCCAGAAACUGACCAAAAGGAGCAACAUGCUUUUGCAGAACACAUCCAAAUUCAAAACAAACCUCAAUUUUCAAACCAGAGCCUACCAGUCCAGUUGGACUUUAAUAAAGGCAGCGGGACAGAUUCUAAACCAACAAACCAGUUCCUCUCUUGCAGGAGCCCUAACGCCUCUAAUGACUAUCAUACUCAGUUAAGUAGGCCUGCAUCCAGCCCCAGGAGCCCCUUCUCCCCCUUCGCUUCGCUUUCGCCGGUCUCCCCAUUUGCCUCACAGGAUGUUUCAGAUGACAAUGUCUUUUUUAGCCCAAAGCUACAGCGCCGUAGAGACACACCGUCCCCAUGUGAGCAAGGAGAGGGAUUUAGCCUGGGGGGUUCAAGAAGAAGCCGGGCAUCCACUGGUCCUCCAAGUGCAGGUCCAGGACAGGACAAGGAAGGCUCAGCAUCCUCCUAUGCAGACUUAAAGUAUGGCAUUGAGCCUGGGAGGUCAUUUUCUGUGAGUUCAGUACUGUCCAGUAGACCAUCGGGACCUGGUCGCAUCUCAACCGGAUCCAGGUACAUGAGUGUCGGUGACCUCUCUGAAUCUGCAUUGACUUGUGAAGACAACGGUAAGGACCUGGAUCAGUGGUCUGUUCAUCCAGAUUGGACCACAGAAAAAGAAUGCCAACCCAGUAAGGACUGUCGAAAGUCAUAUUUGACCAGCGACCCCGGUAAAAUGAGGUCGAGAUCUCUUCCUCGAUCACUGACACGGCGCUUGGCAAAUUGGAGUUCAGAAGUCCCAGUUUCUCCAUCUGCAAAAACCACAACUGCAAAGCAAGCUCGCCUCUGGAGCCCGAGCAUGAACAAUUGUCACUUUGCAUGGAAUACAGAGGGUCCUCCAACCCCUCCUCCAACCCCACCGCUAUCACCAGUGUCCAGACGCAUGUCCCAGCCUCCCAGCCUUUCCUCCCCUACCUAUCCUAGCUCGUCAGGGGCAUUAAUGCAAGUGGACAGCCAGUCCUCCAAAGGGCUUCGGCUCUCCAGAGGUUAUGAAACCAGCCUUAGCACUUUUGAGGAGUCUACAGACAGCAGUUCAGACACAACGACAGAUGAUGAAUAUUACUUAGAAACUGGUGAAGACGAAGAAAAAGAGAAAGAGACAGAACUGUAAAGACAGCCAUUUGCUUUUAACCGUCCCUUCUCUCAAAUCUCUUAAACCCGAAGUGAGGCUAACAUCUGUCCUUUAAGGUCACCUCCGUUGCUUGUCUCCUGUUUUCUGGGACAGUUUUUUGCCAGCAUGAUUUGCUUCUUUUUUCUUUAAAGUGGUGGUUACCGUCAAGUCCAAAAGACCUUAGAGGGGCAAGCAUGAUAUUAUCAGCAUUGUUUUAAAGAUUAUAAUGUAUGUACAGUAUACUGUAUACGACUGCAGAUCUGUAAUCUGCAUUGUUUAACAUGUGUAGUUUUGACAGUUGCAUGGUAUCAGUGAGGGAUUUACAUCUAUGUGGUUGUUUUAAUGAUCAAACUAUUGUCUACGGUUGUAGUUUUUACCUAGUCCUAUCUUUAGGUUUGCAUUUCACCCUGCUACUUAACAAGUGCUGAGGUAAUGUGGAUAAAUGUUCUAAAUAUGACAUUCCAUGAUAUUUUUCUAUGUUCAGAGAUUGAAAUAAAUAUAAGUUAUUAUUAGUUGUCUUUAUUAAAUAAGGACAUGUAUAAAACAUGAUGAUUUAUGCCAGAUUAAGCUUUGAGAUAAUGUCCAUUUGCAGUCCCUGAGCUGGUAUAUAGAGCAAUCAACACAUGAAAGGUUAAAGCAGAUUCUUUUCCUAAGUGUUGUUUUGAAAAAUAUGGGUUUUUUAUAUGUAAUUCUACUGAAUGUUAACAUUUGAUGUGAAACAUUAUUCAAUGCUUGCUUAUUUUUGCACAUUGGCAGUCUUAAUAUAUCUAUUUUAUAAAUAAAUGUGUUUCAAACAGUGA